ACUACAACUCCCGGCAUGCCUCUCUCCGUCUGCUAAGACGCUCGUCCGGGGAAUCCCCAGGCCGCUGAAAUUCCCCUUCAUGGCCGCCUCGGCCGGGGGAGCCGCUUGAGCUUCGUCGGCCCCCGGGGCGCUCGGCCUGGCCUCCGCGAUGGCCCCGCUGUAGGCCCGUCCCGAGCCAUGGCCUCCGUGCAGGGGCAGCCCGUCGCCCAGGGCGGCGGCCCCCGGGAGCCCAAGCGGCUGGAGGCCGGGGGCGAGGACUGGUGCGACAGCGGCCUGGGCUCGCUCAGCGAAGGGCAGCUGGUGCAGCUGCGGGAGGAUGGAGGCCUGGGGGGCCCUGGAGAAGGCGAAGGGGGGCCUGGGGUCUGCCCGGUGACCCAGGACCCCAGAGCCCCCCAGAAGUGCCCGGAGGAGGAAGAGGAGGGGCGCCUGGACUCGGCCCUGGGGGGCGACGAGGGGGUGGGCGACCUGGCCGAGGGCGUGGGGGCCGUGCACCUGCAGAGCCAGGUAGCCCCCGAGGCUUGGCUGCACCACGUGCUGGCCUUCGUCACCGAGGAUGGAGACACAGCUCUCCACUUGGCUGUGAUCCACGAGCACGAAGCCUUCCUGGAUUCUAUUCUGCAAUACACCCACAGGACGGAUUACCUGGAUAUUCAGAACAACCUCGGCCAGACCGCGCUUCACAUUGCCGUCAUCCUCGGGGCAUCCAGCUUUGUUGGCAAACUUGUGUCGGCAGGAGCCGGGCUGUGUGUCCAAGAGAAAGGAGGCCACACGGCGUUGCACUUGGCCUGCCGGGAAGGAUGGUGGGAUUGCGCUCAGCAGCUUCUGGCUCCGUCGCUCGCCAUCCAAAGGUUCGGUCAGGGCAACCGUUUCCGGGCCCAGCUGGAUUGCACUAAUUACGAUGGUUACAUCCCUUUGCACGUGGCCAUUCUGCGGAAAGAUUUGGACAUGGUCAGUCUCUUAAUCUCUGCCGGAUCGGAUCUCAACAAGCCGGAGCUAAGUUGUGGCCGGAGCCCCCUUCACCUGGCGGUGGAGUCCCAGAGCCCUGAAGUGGUGGAAUGCCUCUUGCGUGCAGGAGCCGACAUCGAGGCACGCAUGUAUGUGGGCUACACGCCCAUGUACAGCGCCGUGCACCGGCCCGACCAAAAGAUCCCACAGCUCUUACGGGAAUUUGGCUCAGAAGAGCCGGACUGGGAUUCCGAGGAAAGCGUGGACAGUAACAGCGAGGAAGAAUACGACGACAUCGUGAUCAAUUGUGGCCACUAGAAGGGAGCCCUUUUGCCCACACCGGACUCCACGGAAAUUGCCCAUGGUGGCAGCUGGCUAGUGUCUCUGUAGGAAUUGCAUCUUCACUGUGAGCUAGAUGUGAAAAUUAUUUAUAAAGGCCGGGACAGAAGGGGAAGCGGCCUUAUCUGGCCCGGAGGCGUCCUCUCCACCGUCCCCAUUCCGACAUGUAUCCUCUGUUAUUUUUGUCCUGCUUCAGAAAUGGAUGUCUUUUGUCUCUGAUGUUGGUGUCUCGCACUUGCCUGCCUUGACGUUUCAGAAUCAAUGGGUUUGGGGUAUCCUUCGUUAGCAAGGGGCUGGUGGGUGUCCUGAGCAGAGCCUAGUUGUGAAAAAGCCUCGUCUUGUCCCCCUCUUUCUGGAGCACCCUGUCUUUCCUGGGAAUGCUCUCGGUCAGAUUCGUGGUGUCCCUUUUCCUUCUUAACGUCGGUCCCGGUUUGUGGAUCUUGUUCUGGAGGGCCUGAGGAUGGGCUCCCGCCUCUUGCGGUCGGAAAGUUGGGGAACUGCCAGGCGCGAACAACGAGAUCCACAAGGUGAAGGGUUCCAUUAGCUACUUCCUUGUUGGUGGCUUAAAUACAGUAAUCUGCCCAGAUUGGCAGUUUGCACCUGGGUCAGACGAGAUGAGCUUCAGCAGCAUUGUAGAAGGUCAGACUUUACCCUUUUGUGCCUACGUAGAGAUUCCAGACUAGUUCCCUGCUUGACUCCUCCCUGGCUCGGCCAAUGUCUUUCCAAUAAGAAUAAGGUCCCCAUCCUGGCACUAGGAAAGUUGUCCUGUCUGGCUUGGUUUUCAACUCGCUGCUGUCCCAAUCAGCAUGAGAUUGUAGGGGGAGCUGUAGUGCUAAAUAUUUGGACCAAUUUUUACCCUGGGCGUAGUAAGGCACAACCUUGGGGGGGGGGGUUUCCUCAUAGCAGUUCAUGGGGGUUCUUUGGUGUGUGUGUGUGUAUGUAGGGAGAUCUCUUCCUAAAUAAAAGCAGGAUUUAGGAAGAGCAACUUUUGAUCUUUCUUCUCCAUCCUGGGAUUGUAAGAAAGUAGAACUUCUGCCCCAUUUGGACCAGCAGUAAUUCUGUCAGGCCCUGAUGAAGGGAUGGCCUCAACUCACCUUGUCUGGAAGGGCCGAGUAAUUAUUGCGCGGAUCCACCUCUGGUUGGGCAGUCAGAAACGUGUCCGUGAAAAACUCCCCCCUUAACUUCCAGCGGAAAUCAAUCCUUUUGGCCAGCCUUCCCUGCUGUUCCAAGGCCGGUUUUAUUUCUAAGUCUUGGGAAUAACCUGAAGCGCAGACCGACGUCUCGUCUCUCCCUGGUGUCUGACAAGCCCCUGAAAAUUCUUUGUCCCCCAAAGGGGACGGUGGAUGGCCUCGCCAUGAAGGAAAAGAUGUCAGUGCAAAUUUGGGGCGAUUGGGGUCUGGCAGCUAGGACUCUAUGGAAAGAACACAGAAUUAGAACUCGGAACCUGCUUGGAACUGGAGUUCAACAACAACUGGGGGAGCUGGAGGUUCCCCACCGCUUUCCUAGGGGCCAGCUCCGGAGUGAAGCACCCCCAGGAGUGUCUCUUUAAAAUACCCCCUGUGCGUCUUCAGCAAAGCGGAAAGAACCAGGCGUUUGAACUCUGCUCCACCUUGCCGUGUUACUUUUCCGCUCCCCUUCCACGGAGGCUCAGUGCUUUGAAGUUCCAGUGUGGUUUCCUGCGACCUGUUUAAAUUUGCAUUUAUGACUUGGUUCGGUCCCUUCUCUACUUUUUUUCCCCUUUCUCCUCCUUGCCUCUCUCUGUUGAUUGUAAUCUGUAGGUCUUCCCGAGCAGACAGAUUAAUAAACCUUACGGAUCUUG